AUGUCAGAUGGUCAUGGUAAGUACGGGUCCCAGCGCCACGUAGGCGGAAGAAAGGCAGCUCUCGUUGCUGUCAUGAGUGGCCGAAAGCAAGACAUCGAGUACCGUGAGGAGGGGCUUGCGGUGAGGUCCUUACUUCUUCAGAGCUAUAGAAGAACACCAAGGUUCGAGAUCUCUGGAACAUUCCGAUGGGCACCGUUCCUGGCUCUGCAGAAAGAGAACUCCUUUUUAACCAUGCUCUUGCUUCUUUCAAAGCACAAAAUGAAGAGCAUCCCUGUGGUUGAUUUAGGUGAAGCAAAGAUCGAGAGCAUCAUCACUCAAUCAGGAGUUAUCCAUAUGUUUGCAGAAUGCGCGGGGCUCCACUGGUUUGAAGAUUGGGGAAUCAAAACUCUCUCUGAAGUCCGUCUUCCCAUUAUGUCAAAAGAUCAUAUCAUAAAGAUCUAUGAAGAUGAACCUGUUCUUCAGGUCUUCAAGCUGAUGAGGAGAAAGAGAAUCGGAGGCAUACACGUCGUUGAAAGGAAAAGUGAGAAGCCAGUAGGCAACAUAAGCUUUAGAGAUGUUCACUUUCUCAUCACUGCACCAUAG